GGUAACUCGAGUAUUCAUCACUACCCGUGUCCAACCAUGCGCUGUCAACCGGCUCCCUACAGUCCUUGAACAAGACUUUCGGCGAUCGUGACGCAACCGUUAGUGGUCGCACCCUUCCAGCAGAGCGAAGCUGAAUGACGAUGGCAACAUGGUCAUAUGUCAACCGGAUGCCGGCGAAGCCUCUUCUGUGUCGAAGCCAGAAGUGCCGGAUGGGCCAAAUGGAUCGUCAUCAUCACAAGAACAUCGCAGUCUGAAACACUCGCUCUUGGGUCCGAGUCUAUCCAAGGCAGGUCAAAAUGGUGUGAACUUUCGGCAGGUAAGCGAGAUAAUUUACGAAGCUUCCAAGGGCAGUAGAUUCUUCACCAACGAAGAGAACAAGGACAAAAACUUGACGGUGAAGAUCAACCGGAUUCUAGCGAAGAAACGCGAGCUUGAGCGUAUCGAGGCGCAAGGCGGUCUGAAGGGCGAGCAAAAGAAAGCGGACGAUUGUAUAACUGAAUCCGAAUGCAGUCGAGACCUUUCUCAGGUGAUCUUGCACAUCGAUUGCGAUGCAUUCUACGCUUCUGUAGAGGAACUGGAUAGGCCCGAGCUCAAGGAUCUUCCGUUCGCUGUUGGUGUUGGAGUGCUCACCACAUGCAACUAUGUUGCGAGAAAAUAUGGCUGUAGGAGCGGCAUGGCCGGAUUCGUCGCUGACAAGCUAUGCCCGCAACUCAUACAUUUGCCCUUGAACUUUGAGAAGUAUACAGCAAAGGCCAAGGAAGUUCGCGCAGUCUUGGAGCAGUAUGACCCUCGCUUCGAGAGUGCUAGUAUAGACGAAGCUUACUUAAAUAUCACACGAUACUGUGAGGAUCACAACAUGGACGCGGAAGCGGUUGUCCAGCAAAUGCGCCAGCAGGUAUUCGAGGAAACCAAAAUCACAGUCUCAGCUGGCAUUGCAGCCAAUGCGAAGCUGGCGAAGAUAUGCUCGAACCAAAACAAACCUAAUGGACAAUUUCGCUUGCCUGCUGAUCGCUCAUCCAUCAUGGCAUUCAUGCGAGAUCUACCAACUCGCAAAGUAAAUGGCAUCGGACGAGUCUGGGAGCGUGAACUAGACGCCAUUGGGGUCAAGACAUGUGGUGAUAUAUAUACACAACGACAAUACAUCAAUCGACUCUUUGGAGAAAAAGCUUUCAAGUUCCUCGUGAGCGUUUAUCUUGGACUCGGACGUACAGAUGUGCGACCCGCGGAGGAAUUCGAGCGCAAGAGUGUAGGGACUGAGAGCACGUUCCAUGACAUAUCAGACUUCAACGAGCUUCUACAAAAACUCAAACGAAAUGCCAAUGAGCUGGAAAAAGAUUUGGAAAGAACACAAUUCAAGGGUAGAACAUUGGUGCUGAAGAUCAAGUUGCACACGUACGAAGUCUUCACACGACAAGUUCAGCCUCCUAAGGCCGUUUACACGGCCGACGAUCUUUACAAUUACAGUUUACCUAUGCUCCAAAAGCUGAAGAAAGAAAUGCCCGAUAUGAAACUUCGAUUGAUGGGUCUGCGAUGCACACAUCUGGUCUCCACAAAGAAGAGCACAACGGAUUUCUUCGGAAGAUCUCGACAAGCUGGCGAGCUCAAAGGAGACUCGAAUCGUAGAAUCGAGGUGGGCGAGGAUGGCUGGCAGAAAUGGCCUGACAGCGAAUUUGAAGACGCUGCACGACAAGAAUUACAGGAUGAGAUGGAUGAGACACUGCGCCUCUCGCAAGCUUAUGAGGAGUCUGCCAAAGAAGAAGGGGAAGGUUCAAAUAACGCCGACUACCAAAGAUACGCAAAUGGCUUCGCAUGGCGCUCGCUACUUGAAACAGAAGCUGCAGCAGCUCGUACGAAUGAGGCAAGCUCAAAUGACCAGGUUCCGGAACGAUGGGACUGUCCUAUAUGUAGCAUCGCUCAACCGGCUUGUGAGUUGACCUUCAAUCAGCACAUUGAUACCUGCCUAUCGAGACGGACCAUCAGAGAAAUCGUUCAGGAUCCUCCGCAGUCCCUCACCUCAAGCAUUCCAACAACGAACGCCGGCUUGAACAAGAAGAAGCGCGGUAGACCAACAAGCUCUUCCACACACAAGUCUAGUGAGUCUAGCAUGACGAAAAAGCCGAAGAGUGCCUUUUUCUCUUGAUCCUGUACUUGCAGCAGUCAGGUCCACGGGACGCCCGAACCCGAUAUGUGAACGACACAAAUUAUGGUGUACACGACUUCUACGGCCAUUCUUCAUUUCCUGCAUGUCUG